UCGAAUACUAUAAGCGUAAACUAUUCACUUCACGAAGCGACACCAAAUUGUUUGCAGCCUUGCUUUUCGAAGCAUAUUAGGCGCGAGUCACGGACAAUAUUGGGACACCGAAAAGGAUCUCUUUCUGUCCUGACCCGAAAACACAUUUGAAAGAUGCCUGGCGAAGAGAUUGAAAAAAGUAUUUGUGAUGAAGAGGAGAGUGUGGCGAAGUUGCGGAAACUUCUGUCAGAAAAUGAAAAAUUGAGUGUGUUAGAGGAAUGUGACGAAGCUUACCUGAAAAGAUACCUCUACAGCACGAACUUUGUAGUUGAGAGAGCAUUUAAGAAAAUGAAAAUGUUCUACGAUCUAUUAGGUGAACACCCACAAUGGUUUACCACCGAUCCACCAACAGAAAAGAAAAACAUUAUAGAACAAGACAUUCGAAUAUUAACUCGUGAACAUGACAAUCAAGGAAGGCCAAUUUAUAUAGUUAAAAUAGGUAAUAUGAACGCUAAUGCCAUGGACCUGGUAGGUGACGUGGUACCAGUGGACGACUUCUUCAUAGAGUAUUUACUGUCAACAGAUCCUGCAUAUCAGCAUGGCAUCUGUGUCAUCAUAGACGUUUCCAAUUUACCGUGGAAUAUACUGAAAUGGUUAACACCAGGUAAUAUUAAAGUAGCCUUACGGAGGAUGCAGACUAUGCCUCUAAAGGAAUACAAAAUCCACGUUGUAAAUAGCUCACGGAUACUAAAUAUUGCUGUAAACAUUAUCUGGCCUUUUCUACCACAGCAGAUCAAAGAUGGGAUACAAUUUCACUUUGACGACUGGGACUCUCUCCAUAAACACGUAAACAAAGAGGUGCUUCCUCCUGAAUUUGGGGGAUACUGCAGCAUGGAUUUCACGAAACUGCGUGAAGAAUUAUACGAGAGAGACGUAGAGAUAGCUAAUAAUUUGAGGAUUAAUAGGCAACCAUAUCUACAUCACAUUGAAAAAAAUAUAUGUAAACAUUAGCGUUAAUUAUAAUUUUUAUUAGUCAGUUGUUAAUUGUGUAGGCAUAUGUGUUAAUAGUCAUACCAAAUAUUAAUUUAAGCUUUUCUUAGUUCUGAACUAAGAUAAAUGUUUAUUGAAGAUGCUAAUAAUUGUG